AGGCUGGCGAGCGGGGGAGUGAGUAGAGACAGUCAUUUUUUCCCUCUGGUCCUGAGGGGUCUCCUUCUCCUAUAUAAGGCACUCCGAGCUGCUCAAGAGUUACACAGCUCAUAUGUGCUUCAGCCACAACGCCAACAAGCAGCAACCUGGUCCUCUCACAAGGGAAUAAUACAGCUCUCCAGCGCGCAGGGGAAGCUGAGAUAUCCCAGCAGCAGGAUACUAACUGAGAAAGACAGAGGUUGUGUCUGGGACUGUGAGGAGUGGCAUUCACACACAAUCCGCUGUCUACUGUCGUCUGAAAAUCCAAACACAGACAGCUUAAGUGUCAGAAUGACCUGCUCUGCCAUGACCUGGCUCCCUAUCCUCUCCCUCCUGCUGCUGUGCGUCAGGGACUCAGCUUCCCUCUUCCUGCCUGACUCUAAGGAGCUCAGGCAGCUGCUGAGCCGCUACGAGGAGGAAGCGGAUCAGAACAGCACCAGCAACACAUCUGGCAAUAGGACCCGAAGAGCCAUCCGCUGGUCAGACCGUGAGGAGAUCCUCCAGCUGCACAACAAGCUGAGGGGCGGUGUCUACCCCACUGCUUCAAACAUGGAGUACAUGGUUUGGGAUGAUGAGUUGGAGCGGUCUUCUACUCAGUGGUCAGAGGAGUGUCAGUGGGACCACGGACCUCACGACCUCCUUAUGUCUAUUGGACAAAACCUGGCUGUUCACUGGGGAAGAUACCGCUCUCCUGCCUUCCAUGUCCAGGCCUGGUACGACGAGGUGAAAGACUACACGUACCCCUACCCCCAUGAGUGCAAUCCCUGGUGUCCAGACCGCUGCUCCGGGCCCAUGUGCACCCAUUACACCCAGUUGGUCUGGGCAACCACUAACCGAGUGGGCUGUGCUGUGCACGUGUGUCCAAGGAUGAACGUGUGGGGAGAAGUAUGGGAGAAUGCCGUUUACCUCGUGUGCAACUAUUCCCCAAAGGGCAACUGGAUCGGUGAGGCUCCAUACCAGAAUGGCCGUCCUUGUUCCCAGUGCCCUCCGAGUUACGGAGGAGGAUGUAGGAAUAAUCUGUGCUACAAAGACUCUCAGCGCUCAGAGACAGAGGACAUGAAUGAAGUGGAGAAGCCUCAGGUUCCACUGCCACCUCGUACCACGGCAAAACCUGCUCCCAAGCCUAAACCAUCUGCUCCAAAGAAACCAGUGUCCAAGCCCUCCACUCCAAAGCCCGCCACACCCAGGACUUCAAAGCCUCCCAGCAACACCUAUCUUGCUCAGAACAUUAAGUGUGAGACCAGACUGAGAGAUAAGUGUAGAGGUGCAACCUGCAACAGAUAUUACUGUCCUGCUAACUGUCUGAAUAAGAAAGGGAAGAUUUGGGGAACUCUCUUUUAUGAUGUGCAAUCAAGUAUUUGCCGAGCCGCUAUCCAUUUUGGUGUCAUUGACAACAACGGAGGGCUAGUCGAAGUCACGAGGAAGGACAAGUUUCCAUUCUUUGUCAGAUCCACAAAGAAUGGCAUCGAGUCCUCUAGUAAAUAUAAACCUGGCAAUGCCUUUAUGGUGGCCAAAGUGGAAGAAAUGAGUGCUGACUGCUACACCACAGUGGCUGAAAUCUGCCCUUUCAAAAAGCCCCACUCACAAUGUCCAAGAAUCUCCUGUCCAUCCGACUGCAAGACUCAGCCUUCUUAUUGGUCACCAGUCAUUGGAAACAACAUCUACACUGAUAACUCCAGUAUUUGUAAAGCAGCCAUCCAUGCAGGGGUAAUCAGCGCAGACGGCGGUUUUGUGGAUGUUCUGCCACUGGACAAGAGAAAGAACUAUGUUGGAGUACUGGAAAAUGGCAUCCAGUCUGAGAGCAAGAGCAACACAGAGGGAGGCUCUUUCCGAGUCUUCGCUGUGAGGGAGUGAGUCUUCGGCGCAGAAGUCCAAAGACCAACAGAGUCACCUCAGCUGCUCUUGAAGAGCAGGAAGUGCCCACAGGUUGGAUACCAUGGCUGUUCAUCUGUCUCUGUGCCUUCAGUGGAAACAGAACGUCCCAGCAGAUCGAUAGACAGACUUUUCCUUCUUAGUUCAUACACAGUAGCCACCCAGUAAAAGUUGUCCAAUAUCUUGAUGGACCUUAAGUUUUUUAUUUCUCCGCUUUUAACUCCAGAUAUGGAUAUUUCUUAGACAUACUUACUUAAUCUGUGAAUACAGAAUGUUUUUAUAUAUUACGAUGCAUUGAACAGCUGGUGCUGGAAGUUUUGAGUUAGACAUGUUUUACAGAAAGCAUUAUGUUUACAUUGAUGUUCUUAUUACAAAUUUAAAUUGAUUUUCAUACACAGGAAUGUAUACUGAUCACACUGUAUUUAAUCAUUGUGUACAGAAUAUAUGAUAUUUUGUUUGUUUUAAAAAUGGAGUACCAUAUAUUAACAUUUUUAUGUUUAUUCUGAUUUGUUUUAUUGCCUUUUUGUGCUCACCUGGAUACUCUAUGCUUUUUGCUCUUGAAGAGAUUUAGACUGUGAAACCAAAUCUAAGUCUAAAUUGUACUUAUAAGUUAAGUGAUGUGCUCAUUGUGAGCGAGGAUGUUCUUUUGGCUCGGUAGACUAGAACUCAUCAGGCGGAUACAAAAGCAGAGGAAACAGUGUGGUUAAUGGAAGUGUAUGCAGGCAGCAGGCACUGCUGUAGAUAGAUAAUAUUUAAGUAGGUUGGUGUUGCUUCAGUGGCAGACGUGUGGAGGUGAUUUAGUGAUGGUGUUACAUUCAAGUUCACUAUGUGGUAUAUAAUAGCAGGUGCAGGUGGGCCCUCAGAAUGGUGGCAAUAUUAUGGAUCUAUUAAAUAACAAUCACAGACAGCAAAUCUGUUCAAAAUAGCAAGCAGUCAUUUCAUAUUUAUUAUUGCUUAGCGCUUUCCUUAUUUCCUCAUUUCUCUUGUUUCUGUAAAAUAUACGAGAAUGCUAAAUUAGUCCUCUCCCCACCUAAGACGGAUGAAUGUGUCACAUGUUUCAGGUACAGAGGGAGUUUCAUUUGUGCAGGCUAGGCCAUAUUUUACGAUGUGUGAAUGUGUUUUGAUGAUUCUCAUCAUCAAUCUGCAAUUUAUGCACAGUUCACAGCGUAGUAUGCAGUGCAUGCAGGAUACAGACAUCUGAAAUGUCUAUCGCUAUACUGGACUGAGUUAGACUGUUACCAUUGGUACAGCCCUGAUUUUUAAAUACUUUUUUUUUUUUUUACAGCAAUGCCUCAUUUGAUUUUUUUUUGUUUUUACACUUCUCUAAAGCAAUUCUGCUUGGUUGCUUAUAUUGUAAAUGCACAGAUGUUUAGCAUAGUAAGCAUCCCUCACAGAAACAAAUGUAAAGUCCAGUUUGUGCUGCAGUACUGAUGUGUCCUUUGGAGGUCCUAAAUAACACCAGAUCUACUAUAGUACCAUUAAGCCUUAUUGCUCGAUCUAUCGCAAAUCCUUGGAAAUAAUGGCUCACUAAAAUCUUUUCCUUCAAGUAUAUUUCAACUUAAAUCUCCUUACUCUACCUCAGUCCUAUCGCUAUGCCAGGCAUUUAUGUCUUUUCUAUAUGCAGAUAUGUAUGGGAAAUGCUAAAGGUUCUGUAAAGUUAAGGGAACUGUAAAUAUUAUGAAUUUUCUGUUUUUUAAUUAUCCUUUAUGCAGUAAGAUAUAAUUAAAAUGUGUGAAUUUUUUUAUUGUCUUGUUUUUAUACAGGUUUAGGAUGGGUUCAGUAUUUUUUGCACAAUUUGAAAAUAAAGUAUGACUUAAAAAUACAACAACACAUUUCUGUUUCUGUAAAAGAUGUGUCCAGUACAUGAUGUUUAAAGGAACAGUGAGAAGGAUUAAAUGGCAUCUAGGGGUGUAGUUGCUGAUUGCAAGUCCCUCACCUCACGUUUUCCUUUCUAGUGUGAAUGAAAAACUUUGAAAUGAAAAACGUGAAAGGCCGCGUCUAGACCAAGUGUGUGGUUUGUCCAUUCUCGGCUGCUGUAGAAACAUUGUUGUGCAAAAUCUCUGUGGAAGGGGACCUGCAGUGUCUGCAUAAAUAAAAGGCUCAUUCUAAGGUAA